CAGGGUGUUUCCAUAUCUUCCCAUUAAUAAUUUGCUUACCACACACUUCAAUGAAUGUCCCUGGCACUUCCCAAACUGCAAGAAGUCCUGUUUUGUUAGUAGAUUUGUUGUGGGAGGGUGAUGGAGAGCUCUAAUCCACUAGGAUUGCACAAAUCUAUGUUUCUGGUAUGCGUUUGAAUCCCUCCUGCAAAUUACUGACAGGUGACCCACAGGUGGGUUCAGGCAGCUGCUGCUUUUGGAUGACAUCUCUGCAAAUGAAGCUGCAACUGCAUUGUCAUGUUUGCUUGGAAUCUACCUUGGUGGCUUGACUCUGCCUCCAGAAGGCUUGCAAAGUGGGAGGGAGUUAGAAUGAGGCUGGGGCACCCACACUAUUUUUUGGGUUGUUACCUUCUCCUUGACCAUACGCCCAUUCACAAUCCUGCACUGUUGGCCAUCAUAACUACCUGUUGUGUUGCCAACAUUUUCAGGCGCAUCCUUGAACAUUAAAAGUAUGGGCAGUGUGCAAGGAUGGCAGUAGAGGAGAGAGGUGCUGUGGAACCUCAGCGCACAAUUCCAAACUUUAGGAUUUCUUUUGAAAAGUUGCAAAAAUGCAACCCUGUCCCUUAAGGAGGUGUCAUGGGGGCAUCACCAAAAAAGCUGUAAAUGUGAUCCAGAUAAAUCUUAUAUCCUCUUGGAAAUGCAAGGAGCACCCAGGGAUAAUUUUAGCUUAAAGCUUGGCUUUUCCUCCAUUUAGGGUUCAAAGAACAUGUUCCUGCAAUCCGUGAUUCUGUUUCAACAAUAGACAGCCCUGGCCGAGGAGUCCUCACCUGGAUAUCUCAGGGGCUGGGGAAGGUAAUGCCACAGCCGGCACAGAACUCUCCUGCCAUGCUGCAAGAGGCUGCCAAGAGCUUUGAAGCCAGCAUUGAUAUCCCAGAUGUGACAGAAGUCCAGAGCAUAGAGGAUGAGAAAGAGGAAGAGGAAGAAAUAGUGUCUGUGACUGAGGAAGAGGAGCAGGAGCAGGAUGAACUGCACUCCAGCUCAGACAACAACGCCCCGGAUAAAAUUGGUGGGAAAAAAGUGAUCACUUGGAUAAUGGAAGGAUUUGGGAAAAUGAUGCCUCAACCUGAAAACAUGAAAAAGACGGAGGAAGGGACCCCAGGAGACCAGGCUGCACAACGGGCACAGAAAGAGAAUUCACCUGCCAGCCCUCCCAGUGCACCAGGGACGAAGCACCGGGCCUCGACUGACAGCCAGUCCACUCGGAGCCUCUCUCUCUUUCCUCGAACACUUGGUGGUGAUGGGAGCAGUGUACUUGACUGGUUUGUUCAGGGACUGGAGAAAGUGGUGCCACAGCCUGUGACCAAAGGGAAGGAAGAUGGACAGAGCGCAGAAGCUGCAGACCUGGGCCCAGGGCAAGCAAGGAGCAAAGGGGCUUAAGUGCCUCUGAAACAAAGGGACACUGAAGAUUUGAAGACUUCCUUUUCCAAAAAACGAAACCAACCUGAAUUGGUGUGCAUAAUGCAUCAGGAAGAAAAGACUUUGCACGUUUUUUGUUUUUUGUUU